AUGGCAGCCAAAGUGUCGGUAAAUAUUUUUUAUGUAUGUGACAAUUCCCCAAAUUCGGUAUUCAAGGGAAUCUACGCUAUCAAAACAAUAAAUGAUAAAAUUGAAGAGAUAAAUGUUAAGUUAGAAAGCCGAAUUGAAAACAGAGGUGACAUUGACAUGAUUGUGAAGGAUUUCGAUGCAAUUACCGUGUGUAUAUUAGAAAAGGAGAUCAUCUUACGGUUAACAAAUGAUAGCAUAAAGGUUAUCGGCAUGCGUAGAUCGAGGGGUAUAACUUUUGAAACUGUUAGAAGAGUGAUGGCGCGAUUGACUUUGUUUGAAGGAGUUGAUGAAACUUUGUACUCGGCCAGUAAGCAUAUUGGACCCGCCCAUGAUUCAAUCGAAUCGGGGGCUGAAUUACAAUCGUUCGCUGUAGCUUUAACGAGAGAAGAGAUCGAUCAGAGAUUCGAUGAUAGACGUAGAAGAAGGGAAGAAAGAGAAAGCGGAAAGUUCUCAACGCCUAUCAAAGGCAGAACCUCCACGCUUCUUUCUCCAUCCAAGAAUUUGAAGUCGUCGGUUGAAAAGAAAGUCGAGAGCGGUGAGAGUAGUACCAGACAAUUGAAUGAUAGAUCUGAUGUUUUGUUGCAAAAGAUUACGCAGAUGGAUAUCAAUGAGGAUGAUGAUGGUCAGGGUGAUAGCGAAUCUGAUGAAGUUGAAGUCGACAAUGUGGAUGACGUGGUUGACGAGAUCAAUGGUAACAAUGAGCCUAAAUAUGUUUUUUCACGAUCGAGGAUUGCUCAAAUUGAAGUAAUUGAUUUUCCAAAGCCAAUUGGGCUUGAAAGACGCUAUGAAUUAAAAGAAAAUGCUAAGUCAAAAUCUGUGACGUUUACUCGAAUGAAGGGUUCGGGUUCGGCUAUAAGCUAUUACAAAAUCGUAUUCACUGAUGGAACUGCGCUCGUCCUUGGUAAAAUGAAGUGA